AUGGUCAACGAAUCUAAUAACCACGUCCAAGAAAGCCUUCUUGCGGGUGAUUUCUACACCCGCGGUUCAUCUAAUAGAGGUGUGGCAUAUUUAAGUUUUCAAUUAAAAAAUGUUGCACUAACUUUAAUAUUUAAUUUAUUAGAACAAAUAGUAUAUAAAAACAACGUAAAAGCAGUUGGUAAGAAGGAAGAGAGUGAAAAUAAAGAAGAUAAGAACAAGAUGAAAUCGAGAUGGAAACGAAUACGAAAUCAAGGUUGGAAUUUAA